GAGCACAGGCAACGUCCUGGAAGCGAGCGCGGUAAGGGGACCACGAUAGUGGGUCAACCAGGAAGCUGAGUCCACUCAGCUAGAAGAGAAGCAAAGACAAAGUCAUCAUGGCUUCAGUGUCCACACAUGAAAACCAAGAAAAGGGUCCCCAUUUGCCACCACCAAGCAAGCAGAGUCUGUUGUUUUGUCCAAAAUCAAAACUGCACAUCCACAGAUCAGAGAUUUCAAAGAUUAUCCGGGAAUGUCAAGAAGAAAGUUUCUGGAAGAGAGCUCUGCCUUUUUCUCUUGUAAGCAUGCUUGUCACCCAAGGACUGGUCCAUCAUGGUUAUUUAGCAGCAAAUCCAAGAUUUGGUUCAUUGCCUAAAGUUGCACUUGCUGGUAUCUUAGGAUUUGGCCUUGGAAAAGCAUCGUAUAUAGGAGUAUGCCAAAGUAAAUUCCAUUCCUUUGAAGGCCAGCUGCGUGGAGCCGGUUUCGGUCCAGGGCAUAACAGGCACUGCCUGCUUACCUGUGAGGAAUGCAAAACAAAGCAUGGAUUAAGUCAGGAGAGAAGUUCACAGCCUUCAACUUCCUAAACUCUGUCUGUGGGCACUGAAGUCUCUAAGAGCAUCUGAAUUUGUCCACCUUUAAAAUGUCAAGUGUACUUUAAAAUAACUUACUUACUGUGGAACAGCAACAUUGUGAUUCCCUUGCUCUAUUGAAAUGCUUUCCUGUUAAUUCUCAAUUUUGAGCAUUCCAUGUUUUCUGCUGUUUAAGAACAUGUUGGGAGCUUUCAUACACCAAAUAACAUUGCAUUGCACUCUUAUUUCCUUACAGCUAAAUGAAAGAGUUUGAAGUCUUCUCUGAUUCACCCCCAUUCACUCCCAUUUCACUCUUGCUUUUGUUCAGGGUUUUAAGAUCUCUGAUCGAGAACAGGAAUGAAUGCUGAGAAACUUGGGAAAUCAUGCCCAAAGAAAACCAAUGUGUAUGGAGGUAGAAAUACAGAAAUACAAGAAAGACUGUGUCUAUGGGAAGCGGUUUCUAAAAUGUAGGGGCCAAGCUUUUUUAACUUAAUGAAAAAUAUUUCAUUUGAGUGCGUCACAAUAUAAAUCAGCUAUCCUUUUAGUGACCUUAGCGACUAAAGCAACUUAGCAGCAGCAGCAGCAGCAGCAGCAGUGAUUUUAUGUCUGCCCGGUUUGGUGAAGUUUUGGGAAAGCUGGUUGUUUUAGGUUACUUGCUUAGCUCAUGGUCAGUUCUCGAGAACUGGGGCUCUUUUGUAUGCUGCUGCUGGCUUAAAAGAAUAAACACAACUUCUCCAAAUGUCCCUCUGGGACAGUUUGCAUAUUUCUGGGAAGAAUCACUGGAAGAAUUAAUUCAGACUGAUAAACUUCAGGGUUUUAAAGGAGCUCAGAGGGAGCCAAUCCAACCCCAAGAGUUGUAUUCCUAUUCUCACUCCAGGUUUUUUUGCAUGAAGACAAACUCUCCCACUGGGGACCUUUUGCCUUUGUUAGGUUCUCUGAGCCCUACAUGAAAAUUUCUGCAUCUUUGU